UGAAGAAGCUAGACAAUACAAAGACACACUUGAACGUCAAGUUAACACAACAGCUCUCCCCUCAUCUACUCUCAUCAUGUACAAAUCCAUGACUCUUUUGGUUUUGGUGGCUUUGGCUGCUUGCGUUGUCUCCAUGGAGACCCAGGACCAGGAAGCUGCUGAGCAAUACUACCGCCUUCACGGUUACUACCCCAGUUGGUACUCUUCCUUUGCCUACUCCGGGUACCCAGCUGCCUACCCAGUCGCCUACCCAGCUGCCUCCACUGUCGGAAUCAAGAAUGUAGCCUAUCCUUAUUACGCUGCUUACCCAUAUGCUUACAGCGCCUAUCCUUAUGCUGCUCCGUACAUGCCCUACGUCGCUCCGGCCGCUCCGGCUGAGGCCCCUGCCAAGGUUUAAUUUAAACGCAAAGGUUACAAGAACAUCAGAGCUGAGCUCAGGUGAAAUGUUUGUCACUUUGUCACAACCCGAUAUCAAACUUUUCUGUGUGUUUUAGAACAACUAUUGGCGCGAAAUGAAAACAGUGAAAAAUAAAUAGAUUUCAAGACUUGAA